CCUACCGGAAGAGAGCGAGCCUGAACUUCCGGGUCACGGCGCCGGGCCGGCAGCGGAAGUGGAAGCCUUCCAUUUCCGGUGUUGUCAUGGCGGCGACUCUGGGGCAAGUCUGUGCCCUGGUGCUGGUGGCAGUGUUGUGGGGAGGCUCCAACCCGCUGCUGAAGAGGGCCACAGGCAACAUGGAGCCGGUGCUGGAGGGGAACCGGCUAGAGCAGCUUCUGCAGGAGAUGAAGUACUUGUUUUUCAACUACCAGUAUCUGGUGCCCCUUUGCCUCAACCAAUGUGGCUCCCUGAUCUACUACCUUACCCUGUCAUCAACAGAUCUGUCCCUGGCUGUGCCCAUCAGUAACUCCCUGGCUCUUGUGGUCACCCUGGUUGUCGGGAAGUUCCUUGGGGAAGACAUUGGUGGAAAAUGGCCUGCCCUGGGAAUGGUGCUCACCGUCUCCGGAAUCAUGCUCUGCAUUGCAAGUUCAGUGGGCAAGACAGAAUAACAACAGGAUCCUGUGGCCAGCCCCACCCAGAGACGACGGAGCAUUGGAGCAGGGAACCCUGGGCUGGGGGAUCUUGAGCCACCUACGAUUGAGCUUUCCUUGAGAAGGCUGUCUUUGACUUCUCCUUGGCAGUGGCCUCUUCCUCUGUGAUUCAGUGAAGCCUAAUGGGGAGGAGGUGGGCUCAGAGACUUCACCACUUUGAGCCCGAAGUUUCAUGCCUUGGAAACUCCCCCCCCCUCCCCCUUCAUUGUAUGACCCAACCUCUCUCAUGACCUUGGCCUCCAGCCAAUAUUGUGGUUUGUGCAGAGCACCCUGGGUGUCAGGUGCAGAGUGUUCGUCAAGCUCAAACUUAAGGACUUUCUGAGCCUUGGAGUGAGCUGAUGUGGGUUGGGGCUGCUGGUGAGUCAGAGCCCACAGGUGCUGCAGUCAGUUAAAUGCCUUCCUUCGCCUCCCCAUCAGCAGCCCUGGAGGGGGCCCCUUAUGCCCUAGACCAAGAGGCUUCAUCACCAGCUUUUGCUCCUCUAACUUUUUCCUGGUCCAGUCUUUAGAGUGGGAUAUGGUCUGGAGAAAAGGGUAAAUAAGGAUCAGAUAACCCAGAAAGAGAGAAAACUAUUUUCUUUAUUAGGACAAAGCCUCUCCUAAAGCGUGUAUGCCCCUGUGUCCUUCCCACUCCACCUCGUAUCAGGCUUCACAAAGUGGAGGAAGGUAACCCUUCCUUUCCCCUGGAAGCAGAGGCUUUCCCUCCUUGGGCAGGCUCACUGCAGGUUGGUGGGCCAGGCAGACUAGAAAGGCCUGUGGAUCUCCAGCUGAGAUCCUGGCAGGAGAUUGGGGGGCCACAGCAGAAGAGGGUGGGUUGGUUCAAUAAAAGGCUGUGCCAUGGC